GCAGAGAGCGGCGCGACAUGCGGCGACUGGCGGCGCUGCUGGUGGCGCUGGCGGCGCUCGCGGCGGCCGGCGUAGGCGCAGAUUCCAGCUCAGACAACCGCUCCAGCGAGUUCCAGCUGCAGGUGCAGCGCCUGCGCCGCCAGCUCACGCACGACAACUCCGACUAUGAGCACGAUGACUCCGCGCCCGACCCCGCGCCCGACCCCGCGCCCGACCCCGCCGGCGACUCCAACCUGCCGCAGACGCGACGCGCCGCGCACGACCACCAAGAUGCUUCUGAUUACAACAUGGCGAGCAGCGCGCCGGACGAACCGACGUACCAAAUUUUAAAGUCGCGGCGGCAGCACCGGCGCAGCGCGGGCGGCGCGGGCGGCGCGCUGGUGCGGGAGCAGCGCCCGGGCGCCGUGUCGCUGCUGAGCGCGCGCGCCGGCCCCUUCCCCGAGCUGCGCCUGGCGCGCGCGCGCCGCCAGUACCGCCGCGAGCCCGGCGCCGCCGACAGCGAGGACGACGGCGAGCCGCCGCCGCGCGUGUAGCGACUGAGCGCGCGCGCCGGCCCGUUCCCCGAGCUGCGCCUGGCGAGCGCGCGCCGCCAGUACCGCCGCGAGCCCGGCGCCGCCGACAGCGAGGACGACGGCGAGCCGCCGCCGCGCCCGCUCGACCCCACGUCGGCGGCACAACGCUGAACCAUUCACUGAUUAAAUACCUACAUU